AUGCAUGACUACCCUGAAACAAUCUCUCCAAUUCAAAGUGCACUGACAACCCCGUGUUUACGCAUCAACUAUAUCAGCUACCACCGCCAAUGCGGAACUGUUUACGCCAUCCCUCCAAAUCAUCAGUCCGUGGUUCGAACCCUACCUCCGCCUCUCGACUUCCCCUGUCUAGGCUUGGGCAACCUGGCAGUAUCUCAGCCCUCGUGCUUCUUUCGGAUGGCAUGGCAGCUAGGCACCGAAAGGGUACUACAGCUGAACAAUUAUUAUUAUUAUUACUGUGAGAAAAGGGAGAAGUUAGGCAAAAUCUGCCUGCCUGGGGGGAAGGAAGAAGAAGCCCCAGGUGUACAUUCAAAGGAUAUGUUCCAUCUGACUGCUUUUGACUUGAGCAAUGGGCAUCGCUUGCUGCAACUACCUUUUCUGUGUCCCGUCACACCCUCAAGAAGAACCGAGAUUAAUCGCGCUCCAAUCCUUAGGUUUCUAGAGCUCCUGAUGAUAUUUAUGGCAUGGCGUGGAAGUUGCACCCGGUUCCUGAUGCCGCUUAUUGGACUUCUGCACGUUCGCGCGCUCCUGUGGACUGGUUCAAUUAGAAUUUAUUGGUUGCCCAAUAAGGAGCAACCUGGUUCAAGGUCGUUUUUGGGAAGAGGACCAGCUAGUCCAUCUUCCCUGUUGCAAAUAAGUGGCCCUCGAAUAAAAGCUCGUUUUCAAACCGAACUUCAUUCCAAAUCACUGUCUUCUUAUCUGAGCCCAUUUGAAAGAUAA